CGGAGGUUUAAGCAAAUGUUGGAUGAUACGAGAUGUGAUGCAUUUCGUUUGAUAGUAAAUGAACCAUACAACGUAUGAUGAUUAUUAUGAAUAGAAAUACUAUCAUAACUCUCGGAUAUACCAAAAGAAAAUCACGUGAACUUAUGGGCUAAGAUAAGCAGAAGAUGGUCGUCAGGUGCUUUCAUGUCGUUCAAAGAUGUAUUUGUAUUAUUCUGAUAUUGUGUCUUGUUUUCUUACAAGGGACGGAUUCGUCUGACAAGGUGAAACGGAAAAGGCGUGCCGUACCGUUAGACAAAGAGUGUGAACAGUCUGAACUAACGUGCCAACCAGAUGAACAAUUUCGAACGAUGGACGGUUCGUGUAACAACUUGGCUAAUCCUAGAUGGGGAAUGUCGAACAGACUUCAAAACCGACUUCUAAAAAAUGUAUAUGACGAUGAUAAAGGCGCUCCUAGAGCUGAAGGAUGUAACAGUAAGCUGCCACUCGUCCGCCAAGUCAGCAACAUCAUACAUGCGGCAGGAGAAACAUCGGACCUUGAUUACAUACGUUCCCAGUUCAUCAUGACGUUUGGACAGUUUCUAGCACAUGACACUAAUCUUACACCAAUGGUUGAAAAAGACAGUGGAGGGGAUCUUGAGUGCUGCGGAGAAGACAGUGACAACACUGAAUGUCAUAAUAUAGUCAUUCCCGAGGACGACACGAGGUUUAAACCAGGUGAAUGCAUGCCCUUUUCAAGGUCUGUAGGUCGGCUUGACUGCAACGAUGUACGGCAACAAGUGAACAUGCAAACUUCAUAUAUUGAUCUGUCUAUGUCAUAUGGUAAGAACAUGGAAGAGUCUUCAAAUCUCAGAAACAAAUCAGGAGGAAUGUUAAAUGCUGUAAAUCCCGGAGACUACUUGCCAGUUGAUGAAUCUCCCAAAAAAUGUGAGUUAAGGGUACCCGCCAAUCCUCCAUCCAUAUACUGUCCCAAAUCAGGUGAUCCCAGGGCCACUGAAACACCUGUGCUCGCCUCGUUGCACACAAUCAUACACAGAGAACACAAUCGUUUGGCAGAAGCAUUAGCUGGUGUAAACCCUUCAUGGUCUGAUGAACAGCUCUUUCAAACAGCGAGAAAAAUUAAUAUCGGCCAAUGGCAACAUAUUGUGUACAAUGAAUACCUACCGGCAACUAUAGGAUCAGAGAAAAUGGAGGAAUACGGCAUUGAUGUGAAGCCCUCCGGACACCACGACACGUACAACGAAAGUAUGGACGCCACGGUCUUCAAUGCCUUUUCAACAGCUGCGUUUAGAUUUGGACAUUCACUUAUACCACAGGCCCUUUCGAUGGUAGAUUUUGACUUUAGUCCAAAGCGGAAAGCGGAGGAACUUAAAAAUCAUUUUUUCAAGGCGGACUUGUAUCAUACGUAUAAUAAGCUAGGAAUAGAAUAUUUACUAAUGGGAAUGGCAAACUCCCCAUGUCCAAGAUUUGACAGGAAAUUUGAAAAUAGUGUCCGACAAGAUCUUUUCUUCGAUGAAAAAAAAGUCGGUGAAAUGAAUGCCUUUGACCUUCCUGCGUUGAAUAACCAAAGAGGGCGAGAUCACGGGCUUCCUGGUUAUAAUGAAUAUCGUGAAUAUUGUGGAUUACCAAAGGCAACCAGCUUUAGUGAACUUGUUGACCAUUUACCAGACGUAGCGGCACUACUAGAAAACGCUUACGAUUGUACGGACGACAUUGACCUUUUUGUUGGAUUGGUAACAGAAAAACCGUCUAAAGGUAGCCAAGUGGGUCCUGUGACUCAAUGUCUUUUGGCACAACAGUUUAAAAAUCUGAAAGAUGGGGACAGAUUUUUUUACGAGAGACAAGGCACAGGAGGGUUUACUCCAGAUCAACUCGAAGAAAUCAAGAAGAUUCGUAUGUCGACAUUGUUUUGUUUAAAUACUGAUGCAAAGAAAAUUCAAGGCAAUAUGUUUCUAAGAAUAAAGAGAGCAGAUGGAAAAAAGGGAUCAUGUUACAAAGACUAUUUUUCCGAGCUCGAGGACUGCGAUAACAUGACUGGAGUAAACAUUUAUCACUGGAUAGAUAUGCAACAACCUUAAGAGUAGAGUACAAAUUGUAAAAUAUCUGGACAGUCGGACAAGAACACCCACAAUGUUGCGCAGCUGUAGCUUGGGAAAAUAUAAGACUUUUUUUUCUGUUUAGGCUAAAGCCAUAGCUGUUUGUAAUUCUAUUUGUAGAAUAUUCAAAAUGUUCGCAGUUAGUUUUAGAAAACUUACUGUAUUUUCAUUUUUGAUACACGUCAUGUAAAUGUAUAAACUGAUUCGUACCCUCCUCUAGGAUCAAAGGAUAUUAUGUCAAUAUAAACAUUCGUCUGUCUGCACAUCCAUCCGUAAGUACGUCAAAAAUUCUUUUAAAGUACACUUGUGCGUACAUAUAUAGAUAGACGUUGUAAUGUGGAUAUUUUUUUCUCUAAUUAUUUAUCGCACCUGAGGGAAUGAUUAUGCCUCUUCAAAAUCUGAGGGGAGAUAUGUUGUUGUUUUUUCAUUCCGGUCUGUGUUUCUAUCGGUUGCAAACUCGUGUCCGCUCUUUAUCUUUACUCCCUUUAAGGAUUAUCAAGUAACUUGCUGCCACAAAUGUUUGGCAUUAAGAAACCAUGUGCGGGACGGAACUUGCAGACAUGUUUGUUCAAGGUCAAGGUUGAGUCAUGGUCAGAAAUUUUACGCUUUUUACGUCCUCUCAUUAUUUCUUAACCCCUUAAAAGGACUUGAAUAAUUUGGCACAACUGUUUGUAAUUUAGAGACUACAUGCAGAGCACAGCUCCAUUUAACAUUUCAUUGAGAUACAUGAGCUUUUUUCAUUACUAUUCAUUUUUUUAUAUUUUGUAUCCUAUGUAUCGAAUAAAGGAGGGUUUGUUAAUUGUUACAAAACAAAGCACAUAUGUAUUGAAUAAAAUGUAAAAAAGUCAA